AUGGCCCUCAGCACGGCCCUGCUGCGCCUCGGCCUGCAGCGCAAGCGCAUGCGCUGCAUCGCAGGUCAGCUGGAGGCCCGUGAUACGCGCGUGCGCGACCUCGAAUCGCAGCUGGCAGACGCCAACCGCCGCGCCGCCAGCAUCAGCGCGGAGGCCAGGGGGGAGGCCGGCGGGCUCAAGGUCGAGCUCGACGCGGCGCGGGAGGCGCUGGCGGCGCGGGGGGAGGAGCUGCGGGCUGCCAAGGAGGCGUGGGAGGCGCGCCUUGCUGAGCUGGCGGAGGUGAAGGAGGGCCUGGCGGCUCAGCUGGCCGGCAGCGGCAGCGAGGUCGCGGCCGCGCUCGAGCGCUGCGCGGCGGCCGAGGCGGCACGCGGCGAGGCGGUCGGCAAGUGGCAGAGCGCUUACGGGGAGCUGCUGCGCACCAAGGAGGCACUGGAGGCGGCGCAGGGCGAGCUGGGGCUCACGCGCAGCCAGAUGAUCUCCCUGGAGCGGGAGCUGCAGCACACCCAGAGGCAGCUGCGCACCACGCAGGACAAGGCGGAGCGCGAGCGCUUCGACCGCCGCGCAGGGGGGGAUGACACGUACGCGUUGUGGGACUGA